AAAGAUCCUCAAAAUUUGAUCAUUAACACCGCGAAUGCCUGUUAAUAAAAAACGUGACAUUCGCGUGAGCCAAAUUAUAAUAAUGAUGAUGAUAGCGCCAUGUCAAUUUUUUUUUCGUAUUUUCGAUUUUGAUUCAGAUAUAAAUCAAAAUUAUGGUUAAAUUAAAGCAAUUAAGACCUCGUUGUUUUUUUGACAUUUCGAUUGAUGGAAAAAAUGCCGGUCGAGUUAUAUUCGAAUUAUUCAAUGAAAAAUGUCCUAAAACAUGUGAAAAUUUUAAAGCACUUUGCACUGGCGAAAAAGGUAUCGGACAAUUAACCGGAAAACCUUUACAUUAUAAAAAUGUUAGCUUUCAUCGUAUAAUCAACAAUUUUAUGAUACAAAGUGGAGAUUUUUCCCAAAACAAUGGUAAAGGCGGUGAAAGUAUAUUUGGUGGAACAUUCAAAGAUGAAUCAUUUGAUUUUAAACAUGAACGUCCAUUUCUAUUGUCCAUGGCAAAUCGUGGACCAAAUACGAAUGGAUCUCAAUUUUUUAUAACUCUUGUACCAACACCACAUCUUGAUGGCGUACAUGUUGUAUUUGGUCAUGUAAUUGCCGGUCAGGAUGUUGUAAUGAAAAUCGCACAGCAAUCUGUUGAUAAACAAAGUCGUCCCAUAGUACCAGUUUGUAUUUCAAAUUGUGGUGAAUUAGUUCCACAAAUCAAACCAAAAGAGAAGACUCUAUCAGUGGAUAAACAAAGUCAUAAAAAACGACGAAAACAUAGUGAUGAAUCCGAUACGAGUGGUGAUUCGGAUAGUGAUUCAAGUUCAAACAGCAGUAGUAGUAGCUCUGAAUCUGAUGAUGAUUCUUCGUCAAAAGAAAAAGAUAAAAAACAAACUACAAAUCCUGUCGAGAAGAAUCCUGAUAAUACAGAAAUCGAACAAAACGAAAACAGUAUUUCUUUAUUUAAUCCAAAAUAUUCAGUUCGUAUUGAUCCAGAAGAAAUACCUGAAAUACCACAGAAUCGUUUUCUUCACCGAGGUAUACGACAAUCUCCUUCGAUCCUUGAUGAUGCGAUAACUAACAAAGAAAAAGAGGAUUCCAAUAAGAAUCGUUCACAAUCAUCUAAUUAUCGUAAUGAUCGAUCCUAUGGACGACGUAUUAUAUACACUUCUUCGGGACGAAAAAUCAAAGGUCGUGGUUCGAUUCGAUAUCGUACACCAUCACCUGAUGAUAAUGGUCGAUAUAGCAGAAAAUCUUCACGACAAUGGCGUAGAAGUGAAACACCACCAUAUUGGCGUGCUGAACAGGCCAAACUUCGACCAUGGAAACAGAUAAUGUCUGCUAAGAAUAAUUCAAAAGAACAGCGGCAUUCGAAUGAUAAAGUCGUAGGCGAAGUUCGCGUUCACGUUCGUAUGAACGACACGAUCGUCGUCAUCAUCAUUAUCAUCAUCACGAGAAUAGAAAUGAUGAUGAUAAUAAUCGGUCGCACAGAAAACAUCGAAGUAGCGAUCAUCAUCAUCAUCAUCGUCGUUCAAGAAGUUCAAGUCCAGCAAAGUAUAGAGAUCGAAAAAUUGAUGAAAAUAGUAUUCAGAAAAGAAAAUUUCGAGAAUUUCCAUCACCACGGUCAUCAUAUUCUCCGGAAAAACGCAAUUCCAUUUCGAAACAUAAACCAUCACGAAAAUCAUCGAAAGAGAAAGAAAAUCGACAUGAUCCACAAAGUGAAUCAAAUAAUAAUAAUACUCAUCGACGAAUUAUCGACGACAACAAACGAAAAGAUGAUUGAUAAUAAUUCGACAAAACGAUAAAAAUUGAAAACCUAAAUUUAUUCAUUUUUUUGAAAAAAAUGAUGCAUUCUUUAGUUGUAUGAAAACUUUUCUGUUUUUUAUAAUAACCAUUUUCCGUAAAGUUUUUUUUGUGUUCGCAUAUAUUAUAAAUAAAAAAUCAGAAUUCUGAGCCAAAAAUAACUAUUUGGUUUUUUUUCAUUUUAAUUUGUUCCAUUUAUAAAGAGUUACACAGAAAGGUAUGCGUGCCAAAUUAUUUUGUAUUAUUUUUGAAAGAUAAUAAUCUGGUUAUUGAUCAAAAAAAAAAAAAAAUUCGAACACACCCAAAAAUACAUUAAAAAAAAGUUGACGAAUGUUUUUUGUUUUCUUGAGAACGCAAUUGCAGCAAUUCUUGGUUUUCAAUGAUUUCGGUCAGGUAAACAAAUGUGUGUGUGUAAUACACACAAUUUGGUGGUGGUGGUAACAAAUCAUAGGAAGAAUAAUUCCUGAAACGAUUCGACCAAGCCCAAAUAACCGUCAUCAUCAUCAUCAUGAUGAAAUGAAUGAAUUUUUUUUUAUUCACACACAGUGCCCUUUUUUCAUU